CCUGGUCCCGCUAUGGGGCACAAAGGGGGGGCUGUGGGGCACUCCCGGCCCCACUCGUGCCUCAGUUUCCCCCCAAUUGGGGGUCGGUCCCUGCCCCACUCGUGCCUCAGUUUCCCCCCAUUUAGGGGUCAGUUCAGGCCCCACUUGGGGGUCACUUUGUUCCCACUUAUGGGUCAGUCCAGACCCCACUCGUGCCUCAGUUUCCCCGCACUUGGGGGUCAGUCCAGGCCCCACUUGGGGGUCAGUCCCUGCCCCACUCCUGCCUCAGUUUCCCCCCACUUGGGGGUCAGUCCCGGCCCCACUCGUGCCUCAGUUUCCCCCCACUUGGGGGUCAGUUCCUGCCCCACUCGUUCCUCAGUUUCCCCCCACUUGGGGGUCAGUCCCUGCCCCACUCGUGCCUCAGUUUCCCCGCACUUGGGGGUCAGUCCCUGCCCCACUGCCGGCUCCGCUGUGGGGCCGCAGGGCCGGGGGUCACUGCAGGGUCCCCCUGUGGGGCACCGUGGAGCUCUGUGGGUCACUCUGGGGCAGCGCCGGACGCUGGGGGUCACUGCUGGGGCUCCGUGGGUCACUCCAUGGGUCACUGCUGGGGCUCCGUGGGUCACUGGUGGGGCUCCGUGGGUCACUCGUGGGUCGCUGUGGGUCACUCUGGUUGGCUGUGGGGCGCUGUGGGUCACUCCAUGGGUCACUUGGGCUCCGUGGGUCACUCGUGGGGCUCCGUUGGUCACUCCGUGGGUCACUCCAUGGGUCACUUGUGGGGCUCCGUGGGUCACUCAGUGGGUCACUCUGUUGGUCACUCCAUUGGUCACUCCGUGGGUCACUCCGUGGGUCACUUGUGGGUCGCUGUGGGUCACUUGUGGGUCGCUGUGGGUCACUCCAUGGGUCACCCCGUUGGUCACCCCAUUGGUCACUCCAUGGGUCACCCCGUGGGUCACCCGUGGAUCGCUGUGGGUCACUCAUGGGUCGCUGUGGGUCACUUGUGGGUCGCUGUGGGUCACCCGUGGGUCGCUGUGGGUCACUCCGUGGGUCACCCGUGGGUCGCUGUGG